AUGGCACUUCUUCUCGCGCGCCUUUCGGAACCUUCUUUCGGAAUCCUUCUUUCCCCCCUUCUCCUGCUGCUGCUGCUGGUGACUUGGAUGCCUCGUACCGGACCCGUCGGCGUGCGCUGUCAAGUCGUCAGGGCGCGCAGCAGCGAUGGAGCGACUUUACCCGGGCCAAGAGGCGAGGGACGCGCCAGGAGAGCGCUGGUCCCGGAGAAGCCUGUCUCUCUCCUCAGCAGCUCGUUCGUGCUCAAAGGGGACGCGACGCACAACCAGGCGAUGGUGCACUGGACCGGGGAGAACAGCAGCUGCCCCGAACAGUGCAGACUCAUGUGGACUGAGGUGGACUGA